AUGUUUGUAUGGAAUAUUACCUUUUUUCCAAACCAAGACAUUAACUUCUUAUUUUUUCUUUCUUUGCUCUUUCCUCUAUCAUUCGCAUUUUAUGCCUUAUUCAUAUUUUCUUGCUUUUCUUUUUCAGAUCAUUUUUUUUUUUUGCCGGCUAUUUUUUCUUCUCUUUUCUCUUUUCCUUCUAUGAUUUAUCGCCUUUCGCUUUUCUUACUCGUUACUUCGGGGUUUCUACUCCUUUCUCUUUUCCGUUCUUUCCCUGACUCUUUUCGCUACUUCUUCCUCUUUCUAUUUCUAUUUCUCUUUCUGAAAUCCAUUCACUUCUUCUCUCUAAUAUUCGGUUCCGUUCACUUUUCCGCAAUGUAUCUGUUAUUUCUAUUCUCUUUCUCUGCUACUUUCUCUUCACUUUUCUCUUUUUCUUUCUCUUCACCUCUCUCUCCUUCUUUCUCUGCUCUUUUCUCUUUUUCCUUCUCUCCGGCUUUCUCUUUCUAUUCACCUUUCUCCAUUUUCGUCGCUUCACUUUUCUUUUCUUCUUUCUCGGCCAAUUUCUCAUUUUCUUUCUCUUCACCUUUCUUUUUUUCGUUCUUUUCACAUUUGAAUUUUUUCUCUACGUCUCUCUCUCUCUCUCUCUCUUUUUCUUACUCUGAUUCUUUCUCUUUUUCUUUCUAUGCAACUUUCCAUUCUUCUUUCUCAGCUGCUUUCUCUUUUUCUUUCUCUUCACCUUUUCCUUUUUAUCUCUCUGAUCUUUUCUCUUUUUCAUUCUGCUUCACAUUUCUCUUUUUCUUUCUCUUCACCUUUUCCUUUUUAUCUCUCUGA